CUCAAUCCACCAAAUUUGCCGAGUAGUUGGAAGACAGGACCAUGCGAUACUCAUGAUCUCUGUCUUGAGCAAACCCCAGUAUGUGAUUCUCGGCCACUAACUCUUGAUUUCAUAGAGAACAUUUCAUCUAUAUAAACAUACUUUCUAUCAGACCAGACCAACUCAACUCAGACCUUCACAUUCUCUACUGAGAUCUUUUCCUUGAACAACAAACCUCUCAGGUGCUUCCUCAUUUUCUUCUACACACCAAAAUCAACAAGUAGACCAUGGCAAUUCGUUUAACUGGAAGCCUUGCCAAGCAAAUUUUCCGCCGAUCUUCAAAAUCUUUUGAUGUGCCAAAAGGUUUCGUGGCAGUAUACGUUGGGGAGACCGAAAAGAAGCGAUUUGUGGUUCCAGUAUCCUAUCUGAACCAGCCUAUAUUUCAAGAUUUGCUAAGUAAAGCUGAAGAAGAGUUUGGCUUUGAUCAUCCAAUGGGUGGUUUGACAAUUCCUUGUAGAGAAGAUACUUUCAUCCAUGUCGCUUCAAGCUUGAGCAGAUCAUGAGAGAAUUCUUGAAGUCAUUCACUGAAGAGUGAACAGAGUUUUGCCUUGUAGGAAAUGCAAUUCAAUGUAAAUAAUUUUCUCUCUUUUUUAGCUGAAAAGCUUUAUGAGAAGGAUUGAAAAAAUAUCCUCAUGCAUGUAAGAUACAUUACAGAAAAGAAACAGUUUCUUUCUUAACAGGCAA